AUGGUGUGUGUGGACCAUGGUGAACAGGAAGUAGACCAGCUCUUGCAAACUCCUCCCUGCCAAUAUGAGUACGGGGGGGUGCAUUUAACAGUGAUCCGCUCAGCGCUGAAGGUAGAGGAGGAUCCACCACUGAUUCACUUCUCCUCAAACCAAUCAGACAUUUCAGAGCUGCUGGAAGGGAUCUUCUGCACCAUCUCCCUGUGCACGUACGCGGCCAGCGUGACCUACGACCUCUCCAGGAACCCGCCCUUCAUCUACGGGCUGCCGGGCGACGUGGACCACGGCUACGGCUGGUCCAUCUGCUGCGCCUGGGCCAGCCUGGGCCUCACCGUGGCCUCCGGCUGCCUCGGCACCACCUACCCCUUCCUGAGCCGGGCCAAAGCCCUGCGCUCCAAGACCGCCCGUGAGUCCUCCGUCUGA